AUGGGCAUGCACAUUCGUACACACGACAAUCUAACUGAAUAUAAUAGUAAUUAUGGAGUGCUUUACGGGCUGUCCAAGCUCUAUUACGUAGCGGCCAAGUUCCUAGAACUGAUCAGCCAUUCCAUCGUUUCUCUUGCUGGGCGAACAUCCCCGAGGAGGUGGAUCGAAACGCUGGACGGCAGCGAGGAAUUCAUCAUGGACGACUAUGGCGAGCGCCCACUUUCGUCCAUCCUCUCUGUUCCUCUCGACAGCACUCAGCUUUAUCUCGCAAUGAAGUUCUUCAGCACCCUCGUCAACGUCCUCCCCGUCGUCCUCUUGGGCGCGGCUGGUGCCAUGGCACAAAGCUCUGACGCCGUCAUCUCCGCGAUCCAGUCGUUCACCAGCGUGUCCUCAAACCUGGCGGAUACCGUCAACGACCUGAGCAUCGUGAACUUCGCCACCGACGGCCCUGAAAUUCCAGCCGGCCUCGAAAACAUCACCACCGCUGUCAACAGCUUCAACGCAGAGUUCUCGCCCUCCACUCCCCCUUACCCGGACGACGUAGCCAUCGAGGUCGUCGACGUCUUGACGACGUUCGUCGAGGUCCACCAGCAGCUUCUCGAGCUCAUCAUCGGCAAGCAUUCUCUCGCUGCUCAAUUCGCGUUGACAGCUCCCAUUGCGGAGGCUUUGAGGGCCCUCGAGUCUGUCGUAGACACCUUCGCUUUCGCUUUGAUCGACCUCAUCCCCACUGAGCAGGGUCCCGCCCUGGCUCAGGUGAACGCCCUGAAUGUCACCUUCACGCAGACCGUCACCACCUACGACUCCUAA